AUGUUGAAUUCUUCCAUAAAGAAAAUUGACACGCCUAUUAUGGGUGGAUGUAUCAAUAAUGGUAUUAUUUAUCUAACUGCAGAAGGAAACAAAAUUUUUGUUAAAACAAACAAUAAAUUAGGGUCAGAUAAAAUGUUUAAUGGUGAAUAUGAAGGAUUAAAAGCCAUUUGUAACACUAAUACAAUUAGAGCGCCAGUACCUUAUGGAUUAGGUUAUGCAGAAGAUGGUCAAUAUUUUAUUGCAAUGGAAUUUUUAGAAAUGACUUCUUUAAACUUAAAAUCAUCCGUUGAACUCGGUGAAAAGUUAGCAAAUAUGCAUUUAUAUAAUUUAAAGUCCAAGGAACAUCCAAUAAAAAAAUUUGGUUUUUAUGUAGAAACAUGCUGUGGAUUUUUGCCUCAGGAUAAUACAUGGAAUGAAAAUUGGAUAACGUUUUUUUGUGAUUGUCGCCUGGAAUAUCAAAUUAAAUUGUUGCAAUCAAAGUCAAAUAAAUGCUUGAAGAUCCAAAAAAUUAUUAAUGAUUUUUGGCCACGUUUAAAAAAAAUAAUUCCAAAAUUUUUUGAAGAUAUUGAAAUCAAACCGUCUUUAAUUCAUGGAGAUUUGUGGUCUGGAAAUGCAGCACAGUGUGCCUCCAAACCUGUUAUUUAUGAUCCAGCUGUUUUUUAUGGACAUCAUGAAUAUGAUAUAGCUUCUACAACUUUAUUUGGUGGAUAUUCCAAAUAUUUUUAUGAUGCUUACUUUAAAAUAAUUCCUAAGGCUCAAGGCUUUGACAAUCGAAUGUUACUUUAUCAUUUAUUCCAUUAUUUAAAUCAUUGGAAUCAUUUUGGUGAAGGCUAUGAUAUUUCAACAAUUAAUACAUUUGAGGAAUUAUUGAAAUUAUAUUAAUUCAUUAAUUUUUUGCUAUAAAUUAUUAAAAAAAUAAAAUAUACAGACCAAUUAGAUUCAUAAAAAAUUAAUAAAGUAUUUAUUGAUGUUAACCACAAAAAGAUGUAUAAUUUUUACAGGUUUAAUGUAAAAUUAAUAACGAAGUCGAAUAUUAAUUUUUCUUAUACUA